AGAAGAAAAUAAGAAGUGUAUCUUGUACGUGAAUCCGCACUUUCUAUUUCUGCAGAUUCGAUCCCAAUUUGCAAAACCCUACAAAAUUAGAAUCACCAUCCAAAUGUGACCAAGCUUCAGCAAUGGAAUCUUCUUCUUCUUCUUCUGUAAUCAUCUUCCUCCUUCUAUUCUUCCUCUGCAACUUCUCCUCUGUAACCUCCAAGCAUUCAGAUGCGGAUUUCCAAACCACCUACGCCCGUCUCUGCAAUACUGUGGUCCCCGCAUCGCCGCUUCUGGACGAUGCCGGACCCGUCCACGGCGUCGCCGAAUCUCUCCGCUUCGAAUCCGGCUACUUCUCCGGCGGCGACCGGUUUUUCAAUCAGUCCGCCGCUCUCAGCCACUCGAAGCACGCGUCGUUACGCGUGACUUCCGUUCAGCGAACUGGAACCGACGGCGUGUACGCUUUGCGAGGGCAUGUGAUCCUCCGGCAACGAGGUGGAGUGGGUUCGAUCCGGGGCAGGUUGCUUCGUGUUAAGGUUUUUCCGGGAAGAAGGGUUUCUCAUUGGAGGUCACAGCAGUGGAUGCGCGCUUCUCUGAGUGGGUUUUGGUCGCAAUCUUCUGGUAAGCUUUGCAUGUUUGGAAAUGGGUCUUCUGGUAAUGUUGUUCUUAAGCUUCGUUACCCUUCUCGUAAUGUGACAAUUUUUGAUAAUUUGGUUAAUGGGACUCUAGAAAGCUUUGAUGAUAGGAAUAGCUUGCAGUACUUUGAACCCAUUUCGAUUUUGGCUUUGUCUCAGAGUUCAGAUUACAAGUUUACAUUGGUUGGGAAUGAUAAGGGGAAUGGUUGUGUAGCUGGAUCAGAUGGGGAGGAGGAUCUGUCCCUUGGAAAUUUAAGCCAAGGUGCGUGCGCCUCGUUUAAUGGACACAUCGAUAGGUUUGAGCUGGAAUAUGGUAGUCAGUGUCGUGAUGUUAGUUGCAAUCCCCUCGGUGCUGGUGUUGAGAAGUUGCCUGAUUUCAUGCAUUUUUAUGCCACUCGAUGCGUGGAGAAGCGGAAGGUUCAGAUGCUGCUGGGUUUUCCGGACUCUACUUAUGCUGACUUUGUGUUUCCGUUUCAUCCGAAUACAACUUUGAUAUCUGAGGGGGUGUGGGAUGAGAAGAAGAAUCAACUUUGUGCAGGGGUGUGCCGGAUUUUGAACUUCACAGGAUCUUCGGUUAAUGUUGGAGAUUGCUCGAUUAAGCUCAAUUUAAGAUUUCCUGCAGUUCUGUCUUUAAGAAACAGGAGUACUGUGUUGGGGCAUAUUUGGAGUGACAAAGCGGUUGGUGAAUCUGGUUAUUUCAGUAAAAUUGGAUUUCAAGGCUCCUGGAGGGGUUGGCAGGUAUCAAGUGGCCUCCAAUACAAGUAUACUGAAAUUGAAAGGGUAAGAAAAUCGUGUACAGAAAAGAUGAUGGCUGGAGGCAAGGGAAAGAUAUAUCCAGAUGGACAUUCUUCUGAUGCAGCAUUUAACAUGUUAGUGACAAACACCAAAGGACAAGUAGCUCAAGGUUACUCAUCACCACUAUUUGUCGGUGAUCAAAGUUAUGGGGGACCGUCAUAUAGGCUUCCAAGUAUGUUGACGACGGGAAAUUUAAAACCACACAAUAUUCAACAUGACAAUUUGUUGAAUGUCAGCUAUACUAUGAGCUUUAGGCCUCCUCCUGAUUUCAAGUUUGGUAGUGAAGUCUCUUCAACCAAAGUUAAAAUUGGUGCUGAAGGAAUGUACAAUAGGAAUACUGGAUUUCUGUGCAUGGUAGGAUGUCGGCCCUUGAGAUCAACUGGCAAAAUACUGGCAAAGAACGAGUCUCUGGACUGUGAAAUCAUGGUUAAUGUCCAAUUUCCUCCAUUGAAUGCAAAAGCAGGUGAAUCUCUUAAAGGAACUAUAGAAAGCACACGACAAAAGUCAGACCCUCAUUAUUUUGAUCCCCUUAAGUUGUCUUCAUAUUCUAUUUACACAAGCCAAGCAGAUGCAUCCAUUUGGAGAAUGGAUUUGGAGAUAAUUCUGGUAAUGAUAUCAAACACACUUGCUUGUGUGUUUGUAGGAUUGCAACUGCUCCAUGUGAAAAAGCACCCAGAUUUGCUUCCUCACAUUUCCGUUGUGAUGCUUGUUGUUAUUACUCUAGGUCACAUGAUUCCCCUGAUGCUGAACUUUGAAGCCUUAUUCAAGCCGAAGCAUAAUAGUGCGCAGAAUGCUUUCCUUUGGACUGGAGGCUGGCUUGAAGUCAAUGAAGUGGUCGUGAGGAUGGUGACAAUGGUAGCCUUUCUUCUAGAGCUGCGUCUCGUACAUUUGACCUGGUCUUCAAGACAGGGUGAGGGAAGCGAGCCGGGUUUGUGGGUUUCUGAAAAAAGGGUUCUUCAAAUGACUCUACCAUUGUAUAUUUCUGGUGGAUUGACUGCUUGGUUCGUGCACAUAUGGAAGAAUUCUCGCCAGAAAAGAUAUGAGCCACUCCAUCUUUCACGCCACUUUAGGAGUCCUCGCAUACAUCUUCCUCAACCUCCAUCCCUCUGGGAAGACCUUAGAUCUUAUGCUGGUUUGCUCCAGGAUGGGUUUCUGCUUCCACAAAUACUGUAUAACAUGUUAGUUAACUCAGAAGGAAAAGCCCUGGCAUUUGUUUUUUAUGUUGGGACAACCAUUGUUCGUAUACUGCCCCAUGCAUAUGAUCUUUAUAGGGCUCACAGUUUUGCAUGGUACCUUGAUUCGUCAUACAUAUACGCAAACCAUAGAAUGGAUUUUUAUUCCACUGCCUGGGACAUCAUAAUCCCAAUUGGUGGUCUUUUAUUUGCUCUCAUAGUCUACUUUCAGCAAAGGUUUGGCAGCCGCUCCAUUCUUCCAAAGAGGUUCAGAGAAACUUCUUCCUAUGAGAAAGUACCUGCUAUUGGCAAUGAUAAUUUGUGAUGUUGCAUCUUGUAAAAUUAUUUGUAGCCUCCAACUUUUUGAUUGAGCUAUGGGAGGCAUAAAUUGCAAUGACAGAUAUACACUUUAAAAUAUAGCAGUAGAGGAUUUUGCCAUAUCAAGAAA